CAUGGGCAGCCAUCAUGCCAAAGAAAAAAGUCAUCAGGGUUUUGAUGCGGAUCGAGAUGCCAAAAAACUGUAUAAAGCCUGCAAAGGAAUGGGAACUGAUGAAGCAGCCAUUAUUGAAGUCUUAUCGAGCAGGACAUCAGAGCAGAGGCAGCAAAUAAAGCAGAAGUACAAGGCCAAGUAUGGCAAGGACCUGGAAGAUGUGCUCAAGAGUGAACUGAGUGGAAACUUUGAGAAGGCAGCCCUGGCUCUUCUGGACCAUCCCAAUGAGUAUGCUGCCCGGCAGCUACAGAAGGCUAUAAAGGGCAUGGGCACAGAUGAGGCCGUGCUCAUUGAGAUCCUGUGCACAAGAAGCAAUAAGGAAAUCACCGCCAUCAAAGAAGCCUACCAAAGGCUCUUUAACACGAGUCUUGAAGCAGAUGUCAAAGAUGACACAAGUGGAAACCUAAGGAGGAUCCUGGUGUCCCUGCUACAGGCUAAUCGGGAUGAAGGAGACGAAGUGGACAAAGAUCUGGCUGGACAGGAUGCCAAAGAUUUGUAUGAUGCAGGGGAAGGCCGCUGGGGCACUGAUGAACUUGCCUUCAAUGAAGUUCUUGCCAGGAGGAACUACAAGCAGUUACGAGCCACCUUCCAAGCCUAUCAGAUUCUCAUCGGCAAAGACAUGGAAGAAGCCAUUGAAGAAGAGACAUCGGGAGACCUGCAGAAGGCCUAUUUAACUCUUGUGAGAUCUGCCCAGGACCUGCAGGGCUAUUUUGCUGACUGUCUGUACAAGUCUAUGAAGGGUAUGGGGACCGAUGAGGAGACAUUGAUCCGCAUCAUUGUGACCAGGGCUGAGGUGGACCUGCAAGGCAUAAAAGCCAAGUUCCAGGAGAAGUAUCAGAAGUCUCUCUCUGACAUGGUUCACGCAGAUACUUCUGGAGAUUUCCAGAAACUGCUGGUGGCCCUCUUACACUGAGCUAAGCCAGAGCAACAGGAGCACAGAAAGAAGCCACCUUCAUCAAGAGCACAAUCAGAACCAAACAUACAAAUGGCACUCUAGCGUGAAAACCCUUGGAAUCCUGGUUUAUUUUUGUUGCAGCUUAAGUGCUACAGAAAGGCCAGAUUGUUAAAGUUGCAGGCAGCAACUUCAAGAUGCUUGAGCAGCUCACCUUGAAUGCUGGCUUAGCAAGAACCUGCACUGCCCUUUCAACCUUCCUUUAGCAUGGUAAUUGAAUGCUUUCUAGGCACAAAGGAAGUUGUGCUUAGAUAGAGCACAAUGCAUUUGUAAUAAAUCUAUGCAUUUGUAACCAAUAUGAAUUGCCUAAGGGUAAG